CAUCAGUGGUUUCCAAAUCUUGUGACCAGCUUUCAACCAACUGCACUGCACUUUCUCCACCUCUCUUCUCUGGAUCUCUGGCUGUAGUCUGAGGUGCUCAGACUCUCUCUCUCUAAAACACUCUCUCACUCACUCUUGUCUCUGUGAGCCUCCAGCUUCUCUGACAGUAACUCUGGUCCGUCACUUGCACUCCUCUCACAGCAUGCAGCUCCUGGUGGUGUUAGCAGCUCUCAUGGGGGUUCUGUUCAGCGUUAGAGCAGCCGCCGUGCUUCCUGUUGAGGAUAGGAGCCCCAUCCAUGUGAACAGGGAGUUGAGCAAAGAGCGCAAGGAGCUGAUCCUGAAGCUGGUGUCUGGCUUGUUGGAUGGAGCUUUGGACACCAACAUGCUGCCGGGGGAAGCGGCACCUGUGGAUCUUGAGGAGCCGCUGGAGUCUCGUCUGGAGGAGAGGGCUGUCUACAACAGGCUAUCGCUGCCUCAGCGUGACCGCAAAGCCCCCUGUAAAAACUUCUUCUGGAAAACUUUCACCUCCUGCUAA